UCAUAAAAUUGGACUAGUCACUGAAAUCAAAUCCUUCCGAAAAAUUGGACAUGGAAAACAAAACGAACGAGAAAGCUUCCUCUCUGCGAUGGAAAAUCCUUCGUCGCGCGCUUCUCUCUCACCCUCCCACUCCAAACCCAGAUGAGCAAUCUCAAACCAGUAUUAAGCGCAUUUCAAGAAGGACCAGUAAUGGUUUCAACAUGAUACCCUCUCAUAUAGUCGAUGAUGAACGUAGUAGUUUGAGUAAAUGCAAUGGUUCUGCAGCAAGGGAUGCUCGCGUUUGUUACAGUUUACCCAUCCCUGGUUCUCCACAACUAUUUUUAACACAACGAGUGGACAACCGAGCUGACCUCAGUGAUUUUGAGAUAUGUAACAGAUACAACAUCGACAACACUGGGCUUGUGUGUAAUUGGCCAUCAGAAGACGUUCUUGCUCACUAUUGCUUGUCAAAUGCUGAUAUAUUCAGGUCUAAAAACGUUAUUGAGCUUGGUUCUGGCUACGGCUUGGCUGGAUUUGUUAUUUCAGCUGUUACCGAGGCAUCGAAAGUUGUAAUCUCUGAUGGAAAUCCACAAGUGGUUGAUUAUACUCAGCAUAACAUUGAAGCCAACUCUGGAGCAUUUGGGGAAACAAUUGUGAAGUCUAUGAUGCUUCACUGGAAUCAGGAAGAUAUAUUUAAUGUUACUGACACUUUUGACAUCAUUAUCGCAAGUGAUUGCACUUUCUUUAAGGAUUUCCACAAAGGCCUUGCUCAAGUUGUCAAACACUUGUUAUCAAAAGCAGCUUCUUCUGAGGCGAUAUUUCUAAGUCCGAAUAGAGGCAACUCGUUGGACCUGUUCUUGGAGGUAGCACAAGAAAUUGGCUUGCAUUUCAGUGUAACAGAGAACUAUGACAAUGAUGUCUUGAAACGUCAUGAGCGAUUCUUGAGUGGUGAAGAUAGGGUCUCUUGGCCCAGUUAUGAUAAAGAUCACUGCUAUCCACUCUUAAUCAGAAUUACCCUUUGAACUUUCUGUAAGAUAUUUUGCCUAGGGCUUCUUUCCA